GUCGUCGCCGGCGCCGCGACGCCAAGUGGCCACGGCCGUGUGCCGUGUCUUCCUCGAGUAGUGCGCGUUCACCUGCCGCGACGACACGUUUCUCCUCGUCGCGAAUCCACGUUCCAAAUUACUUUGUCACGCGAGUUUGUAGCGUAUGCACUGUCGAUCCGUCGUACACGUGACACCGUCGUAUUUCUUAGAAUUUUCAUUUUUUGUCUCUCUUACGGAUGUUUUACGUUUGUACACGUUGCACUUCGCUCUCUUUUCAUCCUCUUCCAAUCGAAUCUUGUUCGAAGAGGGACGUUUGAAUGCUCGGAGGAAGUUAUCAAAUGCCACAUGGCAGGCACAUCGCGCACGGCAGGAUAUUGAGGAGUGUGCCAAAGUGGAAAGUAUCCGAAAUUUUCGCUUCUGCGAGACGCGCGAAUCGAAUUUCAUUCAGAUCCGGGUGCUCGAUAUUCGGAAUGUUCAGAUUACACUCUCGAAGUCGACAGGCGGUUUAAUAGAGCGUGGGAGAAAGAAGUUCGUCCUAAAAAUUGGUAUUCGCUCAAGUUACAACCCUUGGGUCGUGUGCGCGGCGAACGAUUGGCAGAAUGACAUCAGUGUCACGUAUGUUAUCCUCGUCGACGAAACAAACUUUACGUCUACCUUAUUUCCCGCGAGGAUGCUGAGAGGAUACUUGUAAUCACGUAUCGAUAGAGAACACAAUCCCGCUGUGAUUAACUGGAGUUGUCUAAAGACCCGACGACAAGGAAAAGUUACUCGAUAUUAUAGUAUAUACAGUCAAGGCUUUCGCCUUUCUUGAAACUUAUUCCCGUAACAUUUGUACACUCCGACCUUGGAAUUCAUGAUGAUAUAAUGGAUGACAAAGAUUACAACAGAACAAUGGAUAUAAUGAUGGAUUACAUCCAGAAUCUGACUUACGGCAAUCAAACGCACAAUAUGACGGAUGUGAACUGCGAGGCCGACUUGCCGAUUAUCGCUCUGGUUAAUCAGAUUCUCUACGCUAUCGUCUGCAUCGUUGGACUCCUCGGUAACAGCCUCGUCAUUUACGUCGUCUUACGCUUCUCGAAGAUGCAGACGGUGACGAAUAUGUACAUCGUGAAUCUGGCGAUCGCGGACGAGUGCUUCCUAAUCGGUAUACCGUUUCUAGUAACGACGAUCAGCCUGCGCAGCUGGAUUUUCGGCAAGGUCAUGUGCAAGGCAUACAUGACGACAACGAGCAUUAAUCAGUUCACCAGCAGCAUUUUUCUGUUCAUCAUGAGCGCGGAUCGUUACAUCGCCGUGUGUCAUCCGAUUUCGUCGCCGAAGAUGCGCACGCCGUUCAUCUCGAAAGUGGUCUCGCUCACCGCCUGGACGACCAGCGCACUCUUCAUGGUCCCCGUGUUUCUCUAUGCCAACGCCAUGGAAUCUCCGGAGGGUAUUGUCAGCUGUAACAUUUACUGGCCUAACGAUCGCGGCGGCCAGACCACCUUCACUCUUUACACCCUCAUUCUGGGCUUUGCCGUUCCGCUGGCUCUCAUACUCAUCUUCUAUUUCUUGGUGAUUAAGAAGCUGCGAACAGUAGGUCCGAAGAAUAAAUCGAAGGAGAAGAAGCGAUCGCACCGGAAGGUAACCAAGCUGGUUCUAACGGUGAUUACAGUGUACGUUUUUUGCUGGUUACCCUACUGGGUUAUGCAAGUGGCGCUGAUAUACACCCCGCCGAAGCAGUGUCAGACCAACAUCAGCAUCACCAGCUUCCUUCUGGCCGGUUUUCUCAGUUACAGCAACAGCGCGAUGAAUCCGAUCCUGUACGCUUUCCUGAGCGACAACUUCAAGAAGAGCUUCCUGAAGGCGUGCACUUGCGCUGCCGGCAAGGACGUAAACGCAGCGCUGCAUAUUGAGAACAGCGUGUUUCCGCGAAGGAACAAGGGAAGCAACGCCGACAGACUUCAAUCUAACCGGAUGAUAACGUCCGGACAGUCCAGGUUGGAGCUCGAGGACGAGGAGGCGGAGAGGGGGCUGCUAAUCAGCAAGACCUCCACCACCACAGUGACCAUGACGUCACGAUCAAACAUCACGGUUAACAGCGAUCCCAAGGACUCGGCGCAGAAGGAUAAGGAUCUAAUUAAAAACGGUGCGCAGUUAACGCGAUUGACACAGGUUUAAAGACCCUCCGUCGGAAGCGUCACGAAAUACUGAAAUACGAGCGCUUUCAACUAAAACGAUAGGCCGGGGCUGGCCUCUGCCUGGAUCAUGUGAUACAGCAACGAUAUCCGAGUGAGCUGUACCUAUUGCGCUGUCAUAGUGACCGAUAAAACCGAAAAUCCGGAUUAAACGCGACGGUAGGAAGUUAUUCACUAAGGACGCACUGGACUGUCGAUAAUCUGUAAUCGACGAGUGAUUUCACGAUGCAAUCACGGUGAUCGGAGAUUUUUCGCCGGAUCGCACAACGAUGGAACGCAUCGUGUCAAAUGUCAACGCGGUUGAUAGAUGCGCGAACGGAAAUAGCUGCGCUUCGCAUCAAAAUUCUUGGUGCUAUCUGUUUUGACGCGAACUUGACAAUUCAAACAAAUAAUUCGAAAGACAUCGAUGUUAGCAUACGGAAAUUUUUACGAGUCGGUGCGAUGUAUUUUAGAAUCUGCGCUACGAAGAAAAUGAUAAGGAACUGAAUCUUAAAUAUUUUCAUGUAAUAAUAAUUUCUUUUAAUGCAACAAUAGUUGCAUUUGGCUGUUUUCGUCACAAUGUGCGUUUAUGAUAUUGUUCGAACUUUAAUAUCAAUAUGAUGAGGAAGAGUUCUUAAAAUCCAAAGACGCGCUCAAUUUUAAAUGCGACAGUCGUCUAGCCAAGAUGUUUUUUUCUCCAUGGAGGAGACGGACUCUUUGUGUAAUAAACAAUAUAUCACUGGAUAGAGCUUGAAAGCUCACGAUCAAUGACUUUCUUACUUCAAUCCGUAAACACCGAAAGUCGAGGCUGCGAAAAAAGAGUCGAGAUCAACAUCCGCGUCGCUAUUGAUCUAUGAAUACUUCUCUGAAGAAAGUUUCGUGAUUCGUAUUUCGAAGCGACAUAGAAAGACAUGCGUGUGUGUGUGUGUGUGUGUAUGUGUGUGUGUUAAAUGGCGAUGAGAUUUUAAUUGUAAGGCAAGAUAUUUACUAGAAAUUUAUUAGAGAGAUUUAGCGUAUAAACUAUUACGAUUUAUUAACACAGAAUGCAAAUUACUAGAAAAUCUUAGCCAGAUUGCAGAAUAGAGCGUUAUAUUAAGGCGCUGUGCCAAAGAUAAAUGUCAGUUCUUACACCUAAAGCAGUAUGCGAAGAAAGGAACCUUCUCGAACAAUUACAGAACCGCAAGUAGGUCUUCAACACGGCUUCUCGAUUCAGUGCUUUUCAUGGCCUAACCAUAUUCCUGAAAGGUUCCUCUCACCGCAGGAAAAAUGACUCUGCUCUUUCGGGACUUACAUUUCAUCUAACUCCCUCUUCCUGUUGUUCUGUUUAAUAUACUAUUCCAUUCUUUUAUUUUUAUCUUUUCUUGUCUAACAAAAAAAGUACCCAGGACAGUAGAAUACCACAAGAGAAAUCGCUAGAAUUACGAAUGAUAUAUUCCAUAAGUCGUAUUUCUUUGAAUAAGAUUACUCUUGAGACUUAUGUUAAUAUUGCCUACAAAAUGGAAAAUCGAAUAGAAAUGAAGAAUCUUAAUAUCAAAAUGA